AUGGCACUAUUGCACAAAAGCUACGAAUUACAUCCUUCAGGUCGAUACAGUGUAAUUAGGUACUCUUGGCGACAUCAAAUGCGUGAAUUUAAGAGUGAAUAUCGAGUCGUGGCCUUGGAUUUGAGAGGUUAUGGAGAAACAGAUGCUCCCGCCCACCGAGAGAAUUACAAGCUGGAUUGUCUGAUUACAGAUAUAAAGGAUGUCUUGGAGUUUCUUGGAUACAGCAAGUGUGUGCUGAUUGGUCACGACUGGGGUGGAAUGAUUGCUUGGCGAGUUGCUAUUUUGCUCAGUUCCAAAAUUCUUAGGAAUGGUGACACUGAUUGGAAAAUUCUUGCGUCCAAGUUCAUGGAUCUGAAAGUGUCUCCCAGAGAAAUCUGUUGCCUGCCGCUGCAGCAUAAUGAGGUCACCAUGCCAACUCUAUUGGUAUGGGGAGAAAAAGAUCCUUUUAUGGAAGUUGAGAUGGCAGAAAUCACAAGAAUGUACGUGAAAAAUCAGUUUCGACUUACUGUUUUGUCUGAAGCCAGCCAUUGGCUCCAAGAAGAUCAGCCCGACAUCGUGAACAAGUUGAUAUGGACUUUUCUAAAAGAAGAGUCAAGAAAAAGAGAGUAACUCUUUUGAAAGCACAACUGAAAUAUUAAAAGAUCGAAGUUCGGGGUAAUGAGGGCCACAUUAAUGGCAAAAUGUUAGAUUGAACUAUGCUAGAGAAGAUAUUUUCAAUGUACUGUAUAUAUUGAGGCCAAUAUUCUUACCAGGGUGGUGUAAGACUAUGUAACAUUAAUGUUGGUUUUACCUGUAUUGUGUAUUUUGCACAUGGAACACUUGCCUUAAAAUGUUUGUGCUUGUACAGUAAGGAACUCAUAGAAAGUUGCUUAGUUUCGGUUACUUACUUGCUUUAAGAUGUGUGGUGCCUUUUAUGAAUUUAUAAUUAUCUCAGUGCAGGGGUACCAGUUGUAAAAGAAACAAUUAUUGGUAAAAUGAUCAAUUUUCAUUCUACUGGUUGGAAUUUUUUUAACUAUAUUUUUAUCAUUAAAAAUGCUAAUAGAUCUUUUGAUCUAAAGUAUAUAUAAUUUUAGAAGUCUAAAAAUGUUUGGGCACACCAGAAAUCAAUCAGAUA